AUGCUUUCAGAGCUGCAAAGAGAAGCUAUUCAAAAGAACCUCAACACUAUUCUGCAUAUACCAGCAUCUGUAACGCAGAAAGAAUACAUGGAACUAUAUAACAGUAUUUAUUCGCAUUGUACUGAAUAUUCUGACAACUAUUUGAUCAAAGGAGAGGCUGUAUAUAAUCUUUUGAGCGAAACAGUCGAAAAAUUUUCAGAGAACUUGCAAUUUAGCGGCUCGAUCUCAUCUACAGCAGAGCAGGUGCGUACUUUUAUCUCAACAGUAGAUCUUCUUGAAAAGACAUUCAGCUAUUUGGAGCGUUUUUAUAUAAGAACUUCGAUUUUGAACAAUAAGGACGUCAGAAAGGUGAAAGACUUGUUUUUCUACAAAAUAUACUAUCAGUUCAUAUAUAAAAUUGAAAAUGGCCUGGUCAAUAUUAUAUUUUUUGAGAUUGAAACACUUAGGAAGUUUUAUAGGCAAGACUUCUCUGAUCUAGCGAUAGUUAUUGAAUUCUAUCUUCUUUGCUUGACCAACAACGGACUUGUUACCAACUCAAUUAACUUUUACAAGCGAUAUGUCGAUGAGUUCAAGCAGAGCUUCAACUUUAAUGUUGAGGUUGGGAAGCUGCUGAAGAAGAUCUACUUUGAAAUGUUCUUUAUCACAACCGUGAUUAAUGAUAGAGACGUGGCUAGAGAAAUUAUCCAGACGAUCUUGUUUAGAAAAGACGAGGUUCUGGACUAUGCUUUUGAAAGAAUUGUAAAUUUUGAGAAAUUCAAGCAUAUCUACAUCAUCAUCAGCAUGAUGCCUGAGAACUGUAAAAACAUAUUUAGAAGGAGAUAUGAGAAUUUUGUCUGGAGCGUUCUAAGCAAGAUACAUUCAUUUGAUGACCUAUUCUCGAGCUAUUGCAAAAUUGUACAACAAGGCAUUUUGAACAAGUUGUCAGGAUUUAAUGAAAUCGUUGACGAAUGUGUUAAAAAGUCCUUUUUGGAAAGACCAACACGUGAGCAGGUCCAGAUACACAAGGAAAUGGUCGAGUAUAUCCACAACUACAUCAUAAAUAUGCACUAUAUUAACGAUGUGUAUGCUCAAUGUUCUGAUUCUGUUGAGUUAUCAACAUGGUGUAUCUCUGGCAAUAUCGAAGGCGGCAGAGAUAACUCAAGCGAGUUCUCAACAAAUACCUGCCGGUUUUUUGAAUUAUUCUCUCUGGUAUUUGAUGACUACUUGAUUGAUUUGUAUACCCAGAGUACGCAGGUAAGGCUGCUGAAGGGUAUGAGUCCUGAGAGAGAACAGGAAUUUGUGGACAGCAUCGCUGAUAAAAUUGGAUGGAGUUCGACUAGCAUAUUAAAAAAGAGCGUUAUGAAUUUUCAAAAUAAAAUGUAUUGCUGUUUUACUCUUGGUGGCGAUCCCAUUACUGUUUCCUGUGCUAAGGUUGUAAAAAGCUUCUGGAGUGUGGAUAAAGAUGAUCCAAGCCUACAUCCUACUCUCAACAGAAUUAAGAUGCAGGUUUUAGAAUUGAUUGAAGUUCCAGAGCGCUAUGUUUUGGAGUUUAACUUUAGCCUUUCUCCAAUUAUUUUUGAGCUAAAUGGCACAAAAUAUAAGAUGUGUACCUCUGCCGUUUCGUUGCUGCUCUAUAUUGCAGAUAAUAAUGGCAUCGAACCAGACUUCCUGAGGACUGUUGCUAAUGAUAGAUACUUUGACAAAAAUGUUGAUUUUUUAAUCAAAAAUGGAUUUGUUAGUUCAAAUGUAGAUUCAGAUGGAAUGCCAAAACUGUAUUGCAUCAACAAACAUUCUGCAAAUAACAUUGUGGAUCUUUUUGAUGUUCCUCGAAGACAGGCCGAAGACUCAGAAGCUAUAUUGCCUGAUACGCACCAUCUUCAUAUUUUAGAGGCUAAGAUCUGUAGGACUAUGAAAAAACUAAAGGAGCUAACCUUUGAUUCCCUGAAAAGUCAAAUAGAGUGUGAGGUGUCAGACCUUGAAAAUGCAAUCACCAGUUUGGUUUCAAAAGGAUAUUUAGUUGUGGAAAAUGAUGUUCUCAUGUACGUUCCAUAG